CCUCCUCAGCGUUCAGUAGUCUAACUUUUCUCGUCGGGUUCGGGCAAGCAUUUCGAGUGCGCAACAAUCGCGUGGCCUUCGUGUCGCGUGGUCGGUUUUGUUCUUUCGGUCCAAUUAGGCUAUUUGGGGCUAAAUUUUGCCCGAUGUCCGGGCGGACAUCUGGUGCGAAUUUGGUGACUUUCGGUCGGCGCGGAUUUCGGCCGUUGACUCCGGAAUUGGCGAAAAAGAAUCUUGGUGAAAUGUGACGUUUUGCAUUUGAGAUAGAGAAAAGUUUUUCGAAAAAAUACAAAACUAGUAUAGUGUUAAAAAAAAACAUCUUGAAAAAAGUUUCACGGAAUGUGGGAGUGAAUAAAAAAAUAUUUGUUUAUAUAUUUUAUCAAGUUCCGAGUAAAAGGCUGCAAAAGUGUGAGAAAAGUUCGAAUUUAAGAGUUUGAAGUUUCAAGAAUAGAAUCGAGUGAAAUUUAUCAAACAAAUUUUUCAACGAGGUGUGCUGACAAGUGAAAAUAACGUUAAUCGAAAAAUUACAAAACCGACAUCGUUUGAACUGGUGAAUAGCGCGGCGGAACGCGCCUUUCGGUGAAGUCGACACACCCGGCACCGCGGGAACCUGCGCGGAUUCCGGUUCGGGGGUGAAAAAGUGCCUUCCGGAGCAGGAAGGAUAUUGCGUAUCAAGAAUUUGAGUCGCCGCCACCGCGGCUCGAGAUUGGCAAGUGCGAAGCAGCAGACCAGUGUGUACCAGUGAGUCGAGUCGAAGAAGUGAGCAGAGGGAGAGUGUGAGGGUCAGUGAAGAGAGCAGUGAAGAGAGCGGCAGUCAAGGAAGAAGGCAGAGCAAGUGAGCAGUGAGAGCGGGAUAGUGAGUGCGCGCAAGAAGAAACAAGGGCGGAAGGGCCUGAGCGGUGAGAGAGCGAGAAUCGCGAGCGAAGAAGAAGCCUGGUGAAGAGGGUCUACGAGACGACACGGUGAGCUGGAGGAGGUCAGUGGAAUCUAAAUAUUUGGAUAUAAACGCGUAGUAUCGCGUAGUAUGACGUCGCCGACGGCACCAGGGUGAAGACGAGCCCGAGGAAGAUCCGUGCAAGUGAAGAGAAGCAAAGAGAGAGAGUGUGGUCCGAGGGUACCGGAAGAAGCUGGAAGAGGUUCGGCACGAUGUAGCUGACGGCUCGCAACGGUGCAAAGUUCCUAAAAUCCCAAAAAAGAAAAAAAAAAAAAGUGUGCGUGUGUGUUCAGAAGUGGUCGGCAAUGCGACCGGAAGCUCCUCGCGAAAAUCCAACAACAACAACAACAACAAGUGCAACGAUGAAGAGUUCACUCCGGCAGCAGGAAGUGGACGACGGAAGUGGUGGUGGCCGGUUAGGCGAAGAAGAGCAGCACGCCCAGUGCUGCAGAACGAGACAGUGCGACGACCUCGGAUGCUGCUUCGCGGAAGAGGAAGAAGUCGAGGAAGAACCGGCGGCGGUGCGGUGUGGCCCGCCGGAGGCGGUAGUGUUCCCAAAAGUUCCGUUCUGGCGAGAAUCGCUGGCGCAGUUUCUCGAGCUGAAGCACAGGACAAAACUGAAGAGGAAGAGUCCGCAGGAAGAAUUUGUGAGUAAUGUCGAGUUUGAAAGUCAGCGAAGCAGCAGGAGUUGUGGCCGGAGGUGGCUGAAGCCGGCCAAGUUGGCCUGGCUGGUGAUGGCCAGUGUGCUGCUGUUCAGCGUGAUGGUGACGACGGUGCCGGCGGUUCAGGGCAACGAAAUCAGGCCGAGUCAGGUGCGGCCGGGGCUGAAAAAAGGAGAAGUGUGCGGCAGCGUCGACGUCCGGAACUCGCCCACGAACCUGGAACGGCUCAAGGACUGCGUCGUGGUGGAGGGCUUCGUGCACAUCCUCCUCAUCGACAAGUACACCGAGGCCAGCUUCGAAAACUAUACCUUUCCCCUGCUGACGGAGAUCACCGAGUACCUGCUGCUGUUCCGGGUUAACGGGCUGCGAACGCUCCAGAAGCUGUUCCCCAACCUGACCGUGAUCCGGGGCAAGAAGCUGGUCACCAACUACGCCAUCGUCAUCUACGAGUUGAUGCACAUCGAGGAGGUCGGCCUGUCCUCGCUAAUGUACAUCCAGCGCGGGGGCGUCCGGAUCGAGAAGAACCCCAAGCUCUGCUUCGCCAACACCGUCGACUGGGACGCGAUAGCGCCGCAGUCGGAGAUUUACAUAAAGGACAAUCAAAAGGAUGACGUGUGCCCGAUCUGUCCGGCGGAAACGGACGAACGGGUGAACGGGACGCGAAAGCAGUGCCCGAACGCCACCAAGGGCCUAACGACGCAGCUGGCGGUCACGUCCGGCGACAGCAAGAUGGCGAAGAAGCUCUGCUGGAACAGCAAACACUGCCAAAAUAAGUGCCCCAAGCACUGCAACGGCACGUACUCGUGCAACGCGGACGGCCAGUGCUGCGACGAGUCGUGCAUCGGCGGCUGCGAGCCGGGCAAUCCGACGGCGUGCCGGGUGUGCCGCUCGUUUAGCAUCGAUCCGGCCGGCGAUCGGCGCUGUCUGACCAAGUGUCCGGCGAAUCUGUACGACCAUCACUUCCGGUGCCUCACAGCGGAGCAGUGUUACGCGUUGAAGCGGCCAAUUUCGGAGGACACCGGCGAGAACAAGGCGGCGUUUCCGUUCAUCCCGCACAAUGGGAGCUGUACGAUGGAUUGUCCGGUGCUGUAUGAGGUUGAUGUGGUGAACGGACGGAGGGUUUGCAAGAAGUGUGAGAAGGGAGGUUGCUUGAAGAAGUGUCGGGGGGCUAGCAUCGAUAAUAUUCAGCAGGUGCAGACGCUAAAGGAUUGCGAGAUUAUCGAGGGAUCGUUGACGAUACAGUUGAGGAGUCGGGGUGGGGAGAAUAUCGUGAAGGAGCUGGAGGAGUAUCUGAGGACGAUUACGGAGAUUACGGGGUUCUUGAAGGUGAUACGAUCGUACCCGCUGCUGUCGCUGGGGUUCUUUAAGAACUUGAAGAAGAUAGGAGGCACGGAGUCGAAAAUCUCAAAUGCCAGCUUGUACGUGGUGGAGAACCAGAAUCUGCAGGAGCUGUUCGAUCACGACGUGGAGAUUGGCGAGGGCAAGCUGUUCUUCUACAACAACCCGAUGCUGUGCGUGAGCAAGAUCACGAAGCUGCGCGAGGUGAAUCCGACGAUCGGGAUCGAGAACGAGGCGCAGUUGGGCACUAGCAAUGGGGAUCGUGCCGCGUGUGACGUGAAGGAUUUGGUGAUCACGCUGCGGUCGGUGAGUUCGACGUCGGUCCUGCUGCAGUGGGCACCGUUUAAGGAGUUGGUGGAUGUGCGGCAGCUGCUGGGGUACGUGGUGUAUUACAUUGAGGCGCCGGGUCAGAAUGUGACGCUGUUUGACGGGAGGGAUGCUUGUAAUACGGAGGGUUGGAAGUUGGACGAUAUUAGCGAUUCGGAUCCGGGGGAUACGGUGAACAAGCUGUUGACGCAGUUGAAGCCGUUUACGCAGUACGCGUACUACGUGAAGACGUACACGCUGGCGUCGGAGGGCGUUGGCGGGCAGAGUCAGAUUCAGUACUUUACGACGGCGCCGAGUACGCCGCUGGCGGUGCGGGAUGUGAAGGUGGAGGUCGAUUUGAUCAACCAGACGCUGGUGCUGUCGUGGCGCGUUCCGCAGGUCAUGAAUGGGAAGUUGCGUGACUAUGAGAUCUUUGUGGAGUUGAACGCAGAUCGGAAUGAUCAGCUGCAGGCGCCGGACUACUGCAAGACGGAGAUGUUGGGAAGGACUCCGAGUGCGGACAAUGAUCCGACACCGGCGCGUCUUCGACGCAGUCUAGUUCGGGGAGGUGGUGGGACGUGCUCGGCGGAUCAGUGCAGCAAGUACUGUACGUCGGGAGUUCCGAAGGAGUCGUUUGAUCGGUCGGAGAAGGAGUUGCAGAUCAACUUUGAGGACAGUUUGCACAAUUACGUGUACAUUAAGAAUCCGAUGGUGGUGAGAGAUCAGUCGAAUCGACGGAAGAGGAGUCCGCUCGGGAAUGGGAUGGUCGGGGCGAACAGUACGAUUCUGUUUCCGACCUUAAAUAAUGGUCCGAAGCCGGAGCCGGUGCCGGAACAGCCGAACCGGCAGACGGUGCGGGCGCCGAACGAGACCUUCUACCAGACGAUGUUCAACUCGACGAACGUGACGCGGAUCUCGUACCCGUUGGAGAAUUUUAACCAUUACACGCAGUACUCGUUCAAGAUCCGGGUGUGCCGGCAGAAGGGCAUCACGCCGAGUUACGUGAUCAAGCUGAUUGACAACGAGGACGUUUGCAGCAACGAAGUGAUUCAUAACUUCCGGACGCCGAAGCAGGAAGGGGCGGACGACAUUCCGGUGGAGUCGUUGCUGGUCGAUGCGCAGAACGUCAAUGGGUCGCGGGUCAUCCGGGUGCAGUGGGCCGAGCCGAAGAAGCCGAACGGACCGAUUUUGGCGUACACGAUCCAAUAUCAACGGAAGGACGUGGAGCUGAAGGCCGCACAAAAGUGUAUCUCGUACAACGAGUACAAGCGCAACGGGUUGGCCAAGCUGGACAAGCUGGAACCGGGCAACUACAGCGUCCAGGUCAUGGUAACGACCAUCGCCGGGAACGGUCCGUACUCCCCCGCUCGUUACGUGUACCUCACCAAGGAGGACAGCACCAAUUUGACCGCACUCUGGAUCACCCUCUCCGUCGUAACCAUCAUCCUGGCAGGUCUGGCCAGCGGCGGCUAUUGGUGGUACCAGAAGAAGUACCUCCCGAUGCAGAACAUGCGCAUCAUCGCCCAGGUCAACCCGGACUACGCCGGCGUCAUCUACCGCAUCGACGAGUGGGAAGUCGAGCGCGAGCACAUCAUCCAGCUCGAGGAACUCGGCCAGGGCUCGUUCGGCAUGGUCUACCGCGGCGUCCUCACCCAACUCCGUGGCAUCAAGCAGAACACUCCCUGUGCCAUCAAAACCGUCAACGAAAGUGCCACCUCCAAAGAGCGGGACAGCUUCCUCAUCGAGGCCUCCGUCAUGAAGCAGUUCAACACGAACCACGUCGUCCGGCUGCUCGGCGUCGUCUCCCAGGGCGAUCCCACCCUCGUCAUCAUGGAACUGAUGGCCAACGGUGACCUCAAGGGGUACCUCCGCCGUCACCGACCAGACUACGAAAACGGUAACGAACCUUCGCCGCAGCCGCCAACGCUGAGGCAAAUCUACCAAAUGGCCAUCGAAAUCGCCGACGGAAUGGCGUACCUUUCCGCCAAGAAGUUCGUGCACCGCGAUCUGGCCGCGCGAAACUGCAUGGUGGCGGACGAUCUAACCGUCAAGAUCGGCGACUUUGGCAUGACGAGAGAUAUCUACGAAACGGAUUACUAUCGAAAGGGUACCAAAGGUUUUCUCCCGGUGCGAUGGAUGGCUCCGGAGAGCUUAAAAGACGGCGUGUUCAGCAGUAGCAGUGACGUGUUCAGCUACGGCGUCGUUCUGUGGGAGAUGGCGACGCUUGCGUCGCAGCCCUACCAGGGUCUCACCAACGACCAGGUGCUGCGGUACGUGAUCGACGGCGGGGUGAUGGAACGGCCGGAAAAUUGUCCGGAUAAGUUGUACGACCUGAUGCGGCGCUGCUGGCAGCACCGACCGACGGCGCGGCCCACCUUCCUGGACAUUAUCCAGAUGCUGCUGCCGGACGCGCACGAGCGCUUCCCGGCGCUGUCGUUCUUCCACUCGCCCGAGGCGCACGACAUCGCACCGCUGCAGCAUCAGAUCUACAUGGACGACGUGACGACGCCGCUGCACCCGGACGGGGACGACGACGACGAGGGCGUGGGCGGAAUCGGCAUCGGCAUCGUCCACGGCGGUGGCGGUUUGCGGGGCGGCCGGGUCCGCGUCGGGGCCGUCGACGUCGAGGAGGAAGACGAGGAGGACCUGGACAAGGACGACCUCGAGGAGGACGAGGAGAUGCGCCUCGGGGACGUCGGCUACGACGACGAGUGCUCGAUGGAGCUGACCAACAGCCACCUGGUGCCGAACAACGGCCCGACGGCGGCCGCCAUCCGCUCGCCGCACUCGCCACUAAGAGAACAACUUGGUAACCGAUUGAUCUGUGAUUCAUUAGCCAUAUCAUAUAGUAGAGAUAUUGAUGGUACCAUUGCCGAAGAGGACGAGGAGGUCGACGACGACGACGGGGACGGGGACAGAGCGAGUAGGGAUAUUGACGACGGGGAGGAGGUGGGGACAGAUCAACAGGACGACGAGGACGCCAUGAGCAACGGUCACGCCGCCCUGCUGGAACAGGUGGUGAUUGGGGGCCACGAAACUCGUCGCAGCACCAGCCAACGGGGCAGCCGGGGCAAGAGCCGGAGUGUGAGUCCGGGGACGAGGGCGGUCGGGGCGGGUCAGGUUCACGACUAUGUGAACAGCGCCCCGGGCAGUCGGUUCCUGGAGGACACGGCGCGGUCCAUUCCGGCGAUUCCGCCUCCACCACAGCAGCAAUCGAGGUUCCAGAAGCAGCAGCAGCAACAGAAUCAGCAGCAGUUUUUCAGCGUACAACCUGCGACGACGACCGGCGACUCGGAUCCCUACGGGAAGGAGUUUGACGCGAUCGGCAGCAGAGUUCCGGCAGCAAAUCCACCAUCAACAGGCAGUAGAAUCAACGGGCGAGUGAUUCCGCCGGCGACCCGGCCAGAAGUCCGCAAGGAACUGGCAGCGGCGUCGAUUCCGCCUCGGUUGAGGAACGGAUUCGUGCCCAGCAGCAGCGGGUCCGGCGGAGUGUAAAACGACCCCCGAAACACACAGAAAGUUCCGAGUGCUCGCCAACAGAUGGCGCGCACCACACUUGGAAGCAAACAAUAGAGGCGCGCUUCGCGAUCCCGCCACGGGAUGGCGCGCGCUGCGUUCAGAAGAACACAGAAAACACUCUCGCAUUGAAUGGGCCAUAGAGCAGAGCGCAGUAAACAAGUAUUUAAAACAAACACAAGAAAAUUUUAUUUAAACAAUAAGGUCGCUCACACACAAUCACACGCUUAAGGAAAGAAAACAAACGCAUUGUAACUAACACUUAGAUAGGCAUCACCAACACCACAAAAACACAAACAAACAAAAAAACCAUCCAAUCCAUCCAGCGCGUGCGAAAUUCUGUUCUUUGUUUUGAACGACCCCUUCAAAGUAAGCAAAUAGAAAGAGAGAGGAAGAUUGCAAAACACACAAAUCACAAAACAAAAACAACUCACAACAAAAAAAACAACCAAAAGAGGCUAUUACAAACCAUGAAAAUUAAGGCAAAACAAAAAGAUCGAACACAAACAAAUCGUGCUAACUGACCCCUCCUUCCUUUAGAGAAAAACAAAAACAAAACGAAAAAGUUAAGCUACACAAAUUAGGUUAUUGUUCUCGCGGCCCCACCACAAAACUCUCACCCAUUUAUUUUUUUUCUUUUCUUAUACAUGUAUAUUUAUAGGCGUUUAGGAAUUCUAGUAGAAAAA